GACCUAGCAGGCUGCAAGCAUUCCCCAUUUACAACCUCCAGCUGCUUGCUUCAUACUACAGAUACGUCCCCCUAACGUUUAACCAUCUAACAUACUACGAUACUACGAAUCGUACAUACCUUGUAUUACCCCGUACAGCAUUCAUCCGUUAUUGCUAACUAACCUCCAUCACCUUGUUGCGCGAUAUCAUAACCCACAACAACUCCCGGUGUUCGCCGCCUUCAAAACGCGUCAUUCGGCCGAUCGCAUCUACUAUAUUCUUCCAUAGCCGUGCCCUUAUCAAUCUAGUCUACUGUUACCGAACGUAUAUGAUAAUUGAUAAUUGAUAAUUGCGGAGUCCUUCCUAAUCGGACUUCGUAAUCCCGAACUUCACACUGGACGACAACAUGGGUGUCAUCCGCAAGAAGACGGCCACCAGAGGUGGUGAGAGCGGUACUAAAUACGUUUGCGACGUCUGUUCGGCGGAUAUUACCUCUACAGUCCGAAUGAGAUGUGCCCACAGUGCGUGCAACGAGUACGACCUCUGCGUUCAGUGCUUCUCUAGCGGUGCCGCCAGCGGUUCUCACCAACCAGCGACUCAUCCUUACAAGGUCAUCGAGCAGAACUCCUUCCCCAUUUUCGAUAGAGACUGGGGUGCAGAUGAGGAAUUGCUACUCCUCGAAGGCUGCGAAACUUAUGGACUUGGAUCGUGGGCCGAUAUUGCAGAUCACAUUGGCGGCUACCGUCACAAAGACGAAGUUCGAGACCAUUACCUCAAGGUCUACGUUAAUUCACCAUGUUUCCCACUUCCGGAGCGGUGCAAACCAUCCGACAUGGAACUAACGCACGAAAUCUCGCGGGAAGAAUUCCAAGCACGCAAAAAGCGACGCAUCGAGGACCGGAGAGAGGCUCAGAAGAACGCACCGCCGAUGCCACCUAAGACGAAACCUACCGCCAGCGUACCUUCCUGCCACGAAAUCCAAGGUUAUAUGCCCGGCCGACUCGAGUUUGAGACGGAGUAUGCCAACGAGGCUGAAGAGGCUGUCCAGCUGAUGCAAUUCGACCCCGGCGACGGUAUAAACCCACACACGGGAAACCUGGAGCCGGAAAUGGAACUCAAACUCACGGUUAUGGACAUAUACAACUGUCGGCUAACGCAGCGCGUCGAACGAAAGAAAGUUAUUUUCGAGCACAAUCUGCUCGAAUAUCGGGAAAACAACAAGCAGGAAAAGAAGAGAACCAAAGAAGAGCGAGACCUCCUGAACAAGGCCAAGCCUUUUGCGCGCAUGAUGAAUCAUGACGACUUUGAGGCAUUUUGCCAAGGCCUAAUCGACGAAUUGAAUCUGCGGCAGGCAAUCGCGCAACUACAAGAAUGGAGGAAUAUGAAGAUUGGGGACCUUCGCAGCGGUGAGAAGUACGAGCAAGAGAAAGCUCAGCGGAUACAAAAAGCCAUACCUAUGGGUUCGAUGGACCGCGAACGACUAGCUUCUGCGCAACGAUCUAAGCAGAACAUUCAACCGGAACCACCCAGCGGAGCUGCUCUGCUCGUAGCACCCGAGCUGCCUUUUAGACCUGCUACAACCGGAGCCUCGCCCCAAAGCAUCCCGGAUGCCACGGCGAGCGACGAGUCCAAACCGCUCGCAAAUGGCCACACGAAUGGAAUUACCAACGGCGUUGCACCCAACGGGACGGUUGUGUCGGGGAAGCAAAAGUUCAUCGCACAGCCCAUUUCAGGCGUGCAGCCGCUGGCGCUAACGCAAGAUAACGCCCCCGACUUACAUCUCCUUACGCCGGAGGAGGUAGAACUGUGCAAGGUUUGCCGAAUACAACCGAAGCCGUAUUUAAUGAUAAAAGAGCAGGUAUUUAAGGAAGGUCUGAAAGGAAACGGUGCCCUGAAGAAGAAGCAAGUGAAGGAGAUUUCCCGGCUAGAUUCGCAGAAAGGGAGCCGGAUAUUUGAUUUCUUUAUUAACUCUGGUUGGAUUGCAAAGGCAUGAAUAUUCGCAGCAGCGGGCUUGUUACCUAUCCAUCCAUGCUAUGAGCACGUCUACUAGCACUGCUAAGAAAGGGAAGACAGAGGAAGAAGAGAUGGAUCGCCAGCAUAUACAAUACGUACACGCACCGCUCCAGCCAGCCAGGUUCUACAUAGUAGAUAGGUAUGAAUCCACACAAAUCGCCGGAGUUACAACGGUCUAAUCGUUCAGACUAUGGUUUGAAGCCGGAGAGGGCUUAUGGAGUGUUGGUUUCAUUUUAGGUACCUAUUUUGGUAUUUUGGUAUGACUUCCCAUAGCGUACCUACCUAAAGAGGUACCUAAACAAUGUAUUUGAUUUUCGAGCGGAAUAAAAAUAAGAACUUGUAUAUAGUUGUUUCUCAUACUGGAGAUUGCAAGUUUGUCUAAGAGCUCUUAAUAUACCUAGGCCUAUUGACUUUGAAGCAAGAUAACUGCGUACCUACCUACCUCUAAGAUUAGCUAUUAUCUAUUAUCUCAGGUACCUAGGUUAGGCCUAGGUACCUCAUUUAGG